AUGAGACUUGCCUACGAUGGUCAAAGUAGCUUCGUUAAGAUUUUGGCUUCGAAGGGCGUGUUCUUCAAAGGUGUGAAGCCUGGCAGAGGCAGAAACAGCCAACUCUAUGCACUUUUUCCUUUCAAAGCGAUUUAUCAAGAUAAAAUUCGGCCUAUGCUACAUGAAACAGAUGUGAAUAAGAUUCUGAACUACUGGUGGGAGACGGAAGAUCGUGUUGUAGAUGGAAUUUCUCCAAAACAAUUGCAAAUGAGAACACGAGACAAGGGAAUUCCUUUCGGUUUGUCGGAGAAAAUGACAAUAGAAGAGGCAGCAGCAGGGCCUGCCGGCCCUAAGGUUCUUCGUCUGCUCUACUUCGUUGGCGCUGGAUUUAUUUGCACAGUUGGAAUCAAUAAAUGGAGAGAACUAGAGCGAAAAUCAAUCCUCAAACAACAACAACAGCAGCAGAAGAACAAUGAUUUAUUGCCUUAA